CGGUCGAAGAACGUGGUUCAAAGUGUGAGCGCGAGUGCGAGCAUAAGUGUGAUCGGGUACGGAACUCGACGAACGUGAACGAGAGCUUGCGGUCCGCAUUCGUACACGUUUCAGGGCCACGAGCCGGUUCCCGGAAACUGCGUUGCGACGUGCGACACAUUGCAACUUUUUAAUCUUAGAGUUUUCGCUUUGAUUUUUGCGAUUUUUGAAAAUUUUCAAUCAUCGAUUAUUGAUCUCUCAUCAUUUAUAUUGUGUAGAUAGAUGGAUAGGUCCCGAGGAAAAACAAAAAUGGAAAUCGGAUCGCGGAUAUUGCUUGCGAUGUUAGGAAUCGCUUAACGGGACAUGAAUUCGGCAUGAAAAUCGAUCGAAUCAAUCACGAAUUUCCUUUGCAAAAAUAUAUUGAUAAUCAAAAUAUUGAUACGCGAGUCGAGAAACGCCGUUUUAUUCGAUUCCAAACGAAAAAAGGACGGAAAGAAAAAAAAAGAGAAGGAGGAAGAAGAGAACGGGAAGAAAGUGGAAGAAAGUGGAGAAAGAUUGCACGAAAAAAAACUUUUUAUCGGAGUGUCUUACGAGAAACGAUGACUCUUGUGACAAAUACUAUAUCUUAUGCAUGUCAAUCGAUUGGUAGAGAAUCCUACGACGUUUAUCGGCAUCAUCACUUACAACUUCGGCAUCAUAAUCACCAUCUUCAUCGUUAUUAUUACCAUCGGCAUCAUCAUCAGUAUUAUCAUCAUUAUCAUUAUCGUCGGCGACAAAGUGUAUAUACCUCUAUUGAUAAUCCUUCAAUUGAAUAUCUACAAAGACAUUUGACUGAAGAAAAUGUGGAUGAAGAAACGAAAAAUCGUGUAAUCGAGACAGCUGAAAAUGACUUUGCAUUAGGAUCAACGAACUCUCAACGCUAUCAAUCGCAAUCAUUACGAUACGCGGUGGACUCAGACGACGCGUCGUCUAUUGUAUCGGUGGAUGCUUCAGCUGAUCUUGAAUCCGGUUCCGUCGAAGCCGAGGAGAGCAAUGAGGGUAACGAAUUGAAUGAAUCAAACGAAAGGAAUCACGAAUUGAACGAAACCGAACUACAUGAACAUGUGCCUCAUCCUGACGUGGCUCUGGAUGCCGCUACUUCAAUACAUGGACCUCGCCGAUGUUUACUUUGGGCCUGCAAAGCUUGCAAGAAGAAAACUGUCACUGUCGAUCGAAGAAAAGCUGCUACUUUACGAGAAAGGAGACGUUUGAGAAAAGUAAAUGAGGCAUUUGAAAUUUUAAAAAGAAGAACAAGUAAUAAUCCCAAUCAACGUUUACCAAAAGUUGAGAUUUUAAGGAACGCAAUUGAGUAUAUUGAAAGUCUCGAAGCAUUGUUGCAGAACAACAGAUCUUCCUUAGCUGAAGAUCAUGGCUCGGUAGAAAACACGACAGAUACAACUUCUCCGCGAUACAUGACGGAAAAGCUGAGACAAUUUUCAGAUCCUUUGGCAAGAUUUCAACCUAUCAAUGAAUUCGAGGAAAUGCUGGAAUCGCAGUCAUCUCAACUCAAUGGAAGCAGCUUGGAUCGCCUCAAUAUGAUUGUUCAAAGUAUCAACGGACCGAUUUGUGCAACCACCGAUACGCUUCGAUAUCCUUCGCAUCAAUGACACUAUGUUCGAAUAUCAAUACAAAUAGAGAUGUUUGAAGCAUGAAAGAUCGAAGAAUUUUUUUUUUUCUCGUUCCUUGUUGAUUCAUUGUUGAAUACAUCAUCGAAUGGAAAAACAACAAAGUUCCUAAAGUGAAUUAAAUAUGAAAAUAUCUAUUAUUCUUUUUAAUGUUAA